GGUUGUCCGAGGGGGCGGGAGCGCGUGCAAACUUCUCCUCCUGCACAUUUUCUUCUUUUUUUUUUUUCAAGAUAUUACUUGUGUUUAUCCGGUAGCGUGCGCUCGCGCUCAAACUCGGGACAGGACUCGGGGAUUUAUUUUAAUCAUUUAUUGAUUUUCAUUUAUUAUUAAUAUUAUUAUUUUUUCCCCCCUGGUAUUGGACGCCUUUCUGAGCAGCGCCAUGGCCUCUAACGGGAGCGGGACAGAGGCGCUAGGCACGCGCCUGGCGGAGGAUCAGCUGCGCGUGCUGGAGGAGAAUUUCACGCGCGGCGGCCGGAACCCUGAGGGAGCGACGCUCGCGCUCAUCGCCGCUGAGUGUGGACUCAGUGAGGAGGAGACGCUGAAAUGGUUCAAGAUGCGUAACGCUCAGUGGAGAAAAGCAGAGGGACUUCCUGCUGAACCAGGAUCAGUCAAAGACUGAAGACAAAGGAGAAACUCUCCAGCUGUAUGUGUAUGCCAUCAUCCAUCCGUGUAUCCAUUAUCCAUCCAUCAUUCUUAUCCUGGUCAUCGGUCCAUUAUGAGGCACCCGUCCUGCUUUCUCAACCUUGUGUUCUUUAUUUCUCAUAGUUAUCUAUAUCUGUUGGCUGUAUGUGAAGUAAAUGUAUAUUGCACACACGAAUGUCAUGUUUACGUGUAGAAAUAAACUGUAUAUAUGGUUACGAGUGAA